GAAGAAGAGAAAGCCGCAGGGAGAGGGACAGAGGGAGGGAAGAGACAGAGACAGCGAGCUGUUUGCUACCUAACUCCAGCUCACAAACGAGGAAGCACAGCCCGUUUCCUCCACCGUUCCGAGACCCUCUCGCAGCAGUCCGACCGACCUCGCCUUUCUCUAAUUACCAUGGCAACUGCGCCUCUCUGUCACCGGAAAUAAGACGCGGAGCACCUCCCUAAACGGUCCGGCUAUAAAUGUAGGAUGAAUUGCUCCAGAAAGAACAGGCAUGGUUUUGCUGCUCCUCUGUUCGAGUAUUUCUCUGGCCCGAGUAGUAAGAGGGUUCCGUGUUACGCGCGGCGGGACUGGAUGUGGGUUUGGGGCCUAGACACCUUAUGCACCCCUUUCCUCGCACCUACUCGGAUUCCUCAUUGCGCGGAGGGUGUUUCCGGCGGACCGCGUUAGGUGUGACACCAGGAGUGCCCGCUUGCCCGCGCUUUUCAGCUGCGGCGUUUCCUGCAGCUGGUUAGUUCAUUUUGUCCAGCGGCGGUGGUGCCUCCCUGAGACUCGAAAUGCCUGUUAAAAGAUCACUGAAAUUGGAUGAUCAGCUAGAAGAAAACUCAUUUGAUCCUUCAAAAAUCACAAAGAAGAGAAGUAUUACAGCUUAUUCUCCAACAACUGGAACUUGUCAAAUGAGUCCAUUUUCUUCUCCCACAAGCUCUAAAGAACAAGAGCCCGGAAAUGGGCCAUCAAAUGGUGGACACAAUAUCUUUAAUUUACAUUUAUGUGGUGCUGAGGAUCGAACCCAGUGCCUCGUGCAUGCUAGAUUCAUGGUGUUGCUAUCUAAAGUUGAGACAUCAUCAGAAGAAAUCAUGGAAAUAAUGAAAAAUUUAAAUAAUAUAAAGGCUUUAGAGGGCAAUAGAGAGCUUGAAAAUCUCAUUAGUAUCUCCCGUUCAUCAUGUUUCUUAAAAAGAGAAGUGGAGAAAACCAAAGAACUAGUGACCAAACUAAGAAAACAAAAGCUGUGUGAAAAGAAUUCAGUACUUCCUCACAAAGAAUUAUGUCAUCUUGACAGCUACGAAUUCCUUAAAGCCGUUUUAAAAAGAGGUGAGGAAACUGAAGCACAAAGAAGUUAAGUAUUUUCUCCCAGAAGCACCAAAGACAGAAAGCCAGGCACUUAGAAGAAAUGCUCUCACUAUGAGUAAAACUACUGCAUCUGCCUGAUCAUAUUUAAAGGAACAGAAGAAAUAUUUGUAAUUAAUCUGCCCAGUAAAUACCAGCUCAUAGCACUAGGCAGGUGCAAGUCUAGAUAAAAUUUCUUGCAGCUAAUUUAAACUUUCUACACACACCAAUAGAUAAUCUUAAUGUAAAUAUUACAUUUCUUCUUGAACCUUUAAUGUAAGCCAGCAUGUAGAGGAGGAUCUUGACUUACAUUCUGUAUCAUGGAUGUUUUUGUGUACUGUUAGCAUUUGUGGAUAGUUACUAAAGUAUGUUUGCAAAUGGUUCUACAUCUGCUAGAGCUAUAUAUUUUCUUGGAACUCAGAUUAAAUCUAAUGGUGAGUUAAACUGGGGACCACUUUUCCCACUUAAAGCCUCAGGUACUUAUUAAUUUAUAGGUUUUUAAAAAUGUUUAAAAACUUAUUUAGGGGCUGGAGAUGUGGCUCAAGCGAUAGCGCGCUCGCCUGGGUUCAAUCCUCAGCACCACAUACAAAUAAAGAAAUAAAUAAUAAAAAAUUCUCUCUCUCUCUCUCUCAUUUAGAAGCUUAUUGUGUAACCACUACCUCAGGGAUGAGUUUUUAUUAUUAUAAUACGCUUGUUUUUUCUAUGCUUGUAUUUUCAAAGUUUUAAAUUCCAUACAUUUUGUAAAAUAUUAUAAUGUAUUUUUUAGUACAUACAUUUAAAUAUGAAGUUGGUUUUUAGCUCAAUUAAACAGCCUCCAAUAAAUUAAAAAGACCUUUAUUAUGA